AUGAAGGUAAUUACUGAUAACGCCGUGGCCAAGUUCUUGAAUAGCUAUUUAGAUAGAAACACUAUACUUGAUGAGUUUCGACCAACUUUGGUCAACAGUCUCACUGCUUAUUCUACCAAUCCCGAUCAAAUUGUGCCGCCUAGAAUUGUUCAACAAUCUAAUAAUUCAAAUUCAGAUACUACUCACGUUUUCAUGCCAUGCGUAUCACCAACUGAGGUAGGGAUUAAAGUAAUUAGUGGCGGUCCAGGGAAUAACUCUAAAGGUUUGGGAUUUCAAGGGUGUGUGCUAGUCAUUGAUGAAAUAACAGGACAAUUGCAAGCUGUUAUAAAUGCAAAUACGCUAACUGCUUUUAGAACAGCCUUGGCUUCCACUUUAGGGUUGACAAAAGUCAUUGACAUCAAUGAUGAGAUCUUACUACCUGAAUUGACAGUUUUCGGUGUCGGGUUACAAGCUUACUGGCAUGUCAAAUUGACAUUAAUAUUAUACGGUGCCGAGAAAAUAAAAACAGUUAAUAUCAUCAACAGAUCUUUAGCUAAUGCCAUCAAGUUGAAAGAAAAGUUUGAAAAAGAGUUUACAAACGUCCAGUUCAACGGGUUCCUGAAUGGAGAAGAAGAAGACGACUCUGUUUUUAAAGAUCACAUUUUGAAUAGUUCCAUUAUAUUCGGUUGCGUACCAGUUUCAAUACCGGUCAUUAAAGAAGAAUAUAUAAACAAGGAUCCUAAAUGGCCAAAAUUCAUAUCAUUGAUCGGCUCGUACAAACCACACAUGAUUGAACUAGACUUAGACUUUAUCAAAAAGCUAAAGAGCAGAGGAGUCCAAAUAAUUGUUGAUUCCAAGACGCAUACAUUACAUGAAGCAGGAGAGUUGAUCCAAUCAGAAUACAAAGCAGACCAAUUAAUCGAAAUUCACAAACUAUACUCAGAAAACGCUGUCACCAAAGACUCCUCUUAUACUGAUCCUACAACAAAUACCACGGUUCAAAAAAUUGUUGGUUUGUCUAUAAUGGACUUGUCUAUUGGAAAGCUUAUCUACAACAAAGCAGUCGAUAACGAUAUUGUUUGUAUACCCAACUUUUAA